GCCGCGGCGCCCGGAGGGGAGCGCGCUCUAGCUGGCCAGUCCCGCUGCGCCGGCCGGGCGGGUUCGUGGUGGCGCGCCGGGGGAGGCGGGCGGGCGGGCGGCCCCCGUGGCUGGGAGGCGGGCAGGCGGCGCCCCCCACCCUCCGGCGCAGCAUGGCCCCCCCCUCCGCCCGGCUCGGCCCCGGCUGCCUGGGGCGCUAGGAGGCAGCGGCCGGCUGCUCGGCGCCCGGCCUCGCCAGCAUGAACGUGGCGCUCCAGGAGCUCGGCGGCAACAUGGCGGAGUAUAAACGGGCGAUAUUCCAAGACGAAGAAGCGCCGGACCCUGCCACAGACGGGAGCACCUCUCCGGAUGGCGUGGAGGUGGGCUUUAGGAAGGGCAGUGCCCCCUUACUGAGUCACAUGAUUUCCCGAACCCACAUAAAGCUGGCGCUGUAUGCCGUCUCCCUCUUUGUGUUCCUGCUGCUGCUGGGUUCAGUCAUUGCCAUGGGCAUCCAAUACAGCAGAGAUCCGUUGCAUACCACGUGCCUGACUGAAGCCUGCAUCAUCGUCGCCAGCAAAAUCCUGGAGGCCCUGGACCGAGAGACCAACCCCUGUGACGAUUUCUACCAGUACGCCUGCGGAGGGUGGAUCAAGCGGAACCCGCUACCAGACGGGCGCUCCAAAUGGAGCACUUUCAACAGCAUUUGGGACCAAAACCAGGCCAUUAUGAAACACCUGCUGGAGAACACCAGUUUCAACUCCACCAGCGAGGCGGAGAGGAAGACGCAGCGCUUUUACCUGUCUUGCCUGAAGGAGCAGAAGAUCGAGGAGCUGGGCUCUCAGCCGCUGAUGGAUCUUAUUGAGAAGAUUGGAGGCUGGAACAUAACUGGCUCGUGGAACCAGACCAACUUCAUGGACAUCCUGAAACUGGUGUCUGGGACCUUCCGGGCUUCUCCGUUCUUCACUGUUUUCAUGGGGGCCGAUUCCAAAAGCUCGAACAGCAACAUCAUCCAGGUGGAUCAGUCUGGCCUUUUCUUACCCUCCCGUGACUACUACCUAAAUAGGACUGCUAAUGAGAAGGUCCUGGCUGCCUACCUGGAGUACAUGGUGGAGCUGGGGACGCUGCUGGGCGGGGCCAAAGCCUCGACGGAAGAGCAGAUGCAGCAGGUGCUGGAGCUGGAGAUCCAGCUGGCCAACCUCACUGUCCCUCAAGACGAGAGGCGGGACGAUGAGAAGAUCUACCACAAGCUGACCAUCGCCGAGCUGCAGGUCCUGGCUCCUGCCAUUGACUGGCUGGACUUCAUGUCCUACUUCCUCUCGCCUCUAGAGCUGACGGACGCUGAACCCGUGGUGGUUUACGGCCGGGAGUACUUGCAGCAAGUAUCCCAGCUCAUCAACGCCACCAACAAAAGCGUCUUAAACAAUUAUUUAAUUUGGAACCUGGUUCAGAAAACAGCCUCGAGUUUGGACCAGCGCUUUGAGACAGCCCAGGAGAAACUAUUGGAGACUUUGUAUGGAACCAAGAAAUCCUGCACUCCCCGUUGGCAAACCUGCAUCUCCAACACCGACGACACUUUGGGCUUUGCCCUCGGCGCUCUGUUUGUGAAGGCCACCUUCGAUCGGCACAGCAAAGAGAUUGCUGAGGACAUGAUCGCUGAGAUACGCACAGCCUUCGAGGAAUCGUUGGGCCUGCUUGACUGGAUGGAUGCAAAGACGAGGCAAGCGGCCAAAGAGAAGGCUGACUCGAUUUAUGACAUGAUUGGGUUCCCGGAGUUCAUCCUGGAUGAUAAAGAGCUGGACGACGUCUAUGAUGGGUACGAGGUUUCAGAGGAUUCCUUCUUCCAGAAUAUGCUGAACUUCUACAAUUUCUCCGGCAGAUUCAUGGCUGACCAGCUGAGGAAACCACCCAACCGGGACCAGUGGAGUAUGACCCCACAGACAGUCAAUGCGUAUUACCUGCCGACAAAGAACGGCAUCGUGUUCCCCGCGGGGAUCCUGCAAGCUCCCUUCUACGCUCGCGACCACCCCAAGGCCCUCAAUUUUGGAGGCAUCGGUGUGGUGAUGGGGCAUGAACUCACCCAUGCUUUCGACGAUCAAGGUCGAGAGUACGACAAGGAAGGGAACCUGUGCCCCUGGUGGCAGAACUCGUCAUUGGAGGCCUUCAAGAACCGGAUGGAGUGCAUGACGGAACAAUACGGCAGGUUCCUGGUCAACGGGGAACACGUGAACGGCAAGCAGACCCUGGGCGAAAACAUUGCGGACAACGGGGGACUCAAGACAGCUUAUAACGCAUACAAAGCCUGGCUGAAGAAGAACGGGGAGGAGAAGCGCCUGCCCUCCGUGGACCUCACCAGCCACCAGCUCUUCUUCCUCGGAUUUGCACAGGUGUGGUGCUCCGUUCGGACCCCGGAGAGCUCCCACGAGGGACUGGUGACCGAUCCGCACAGCCCAGACAAGUUCCGGGUCAUCGGCACCCUCAGCAACUCCCGGGACUUCAUCGAGCACUUUGAGUGCCCCGCGGGCUCCUUCAUGAACCCUGGAAAGCCCUGCGAGGUGUGGUAGGGUAGGAAGGAGAGGCUGCCCCCCCCCCCCGGCAGGAGUCUGUACAGUUGCCCCCCCUGCACAACCCCCAGCACAGGGGAGCUAGGCCGAGCCCCCGGUGCCCACUCUUUGCGGGAGCAUUUAACAAUCUUGCCCUGGCAACUUUGGUUGGCACGGCGCAGGCCUCGGGCGCUUCCCCGUUUGGCAUCGGAAGACAGGCGAGCUUCUCCGGGUACUCUCUGCCGAGCCCCCUUCCCCUCGGGGCGAGCCCCCCCAAAGCACAGCUUCCACACUUGUCAGCUAAGCGCAUCGCUUGCUCCCUCCACGGGCGUUUCCAAGCAUCUCCGAUCCAGCUCCUUCAGCUGUAGUUCCUUGCCUCGCUCUCUCCGCAGACGCGUCUCUCCGAUCCCCUGAGCUGGUCCGGCUCUUUUCACCGUGUCCGUUCCAGUUCUGUAGGUUGACUACAAGAGCCUUUGUUAUGUAUCAGCGUUUUGGAGGCCCGCGGAGCUGGAUCGCUUGGGGGACUUUGAAGCUGUCGGGGUGGGGCGUGGGGGGAGAGCAGAGCUUUGGAAGUCACCGCUGGGCAAAAACAACCUUCGACUUUUGGUACGCCCCGGGGAAUAUAAGACCCUUGCUAGAGAGCAGAAUAACAUCUCUCUAGGCCUGUAUCCUUCUUGCCCUCAGGGCCAGCUAGAUCACUUGGGAGCUUAACUUAUCCUUGCCAAUUUCUCUUUCCCUCCCCCCUCCAACCCCUGCAUCUGGUUUUCAGAGGUUCCGUUUUGCUAACCGCCUUCGACGGGACUCGUCCUCCGCUAAUUCAUCUUAACUUUUCUAUAAAGCCAUCUAAGUUUCUGGCCGUCAUGAUUUGCUGCCUAGCUCAGCGGAUGGAGGGUGGCUGAGAUAGGGCCGGCUAUCCCAGAGCACCCCCCGGACAAGGGAAAAUGUAGGACACCGCCCCUGUAUCCUGCGUUCCAGGUAGCCAAAGAAGCAACACAGCUCUCAGUCCAGGAAGAAGCAGGGCCCUCUGCGGCUCGCUUGCCUGGGACGCGGAACUUGUUCGUUGUGUGUUGCUUUUCCUAGUCUUAGCUAUUGCAAAGGGAGACAUGUUGCGUAAAACACAAUCCCGUCCGGUCACUGUGGAGAGAGAAUCCUCGUUCUGGCUCGGGCUGCACCCGCCAAGCGUCCCAUGCCCUGCCCUGCCCAUCUUCACCAAAAAAAUGUCCCCUGCCUUUG